CCGGUGGCUCUUCCAGCUCGUCCAGUGCUGGAACGGGAUCAUCCAACGGUGCAGGUCCUGGAAAUCCUGUGGGAGGCGGUAGAAUGGCCGUCAUCGGUGUUACCAGGAACGUCAGAUUGAGACGUCGUGGUGCAGCCGGUUUCGGUUUUUCAUUACGCGGUGGUAGAGAAUAUGCAGCUGGAUUUUUCAUAAGUAACGUUCAACCUGGUGGAGAAGCUCAUAGAAAUGGAUUAAGGGUGGGUGAUCAAAUUCUCAGGGUAAAUGGAUAUCCUGUUGAAGAUGCCGUACACCAGGAGGUUGCCCUGUUGGUGAAGAAUCAACAAGUUCUCGUACUGAAAAUUCGAAGCGUAGGAAUGAUACCAGUGAAAGACAAUCCAACCGAUCCGGUUACCUGGCACAUGGUGCAACAACAGCAACAACAGCUGCAAUACAACGAGACUGGUGUGGGAGCCGUUCCAAAUAGCGAAGUUAGGAUCCGAAUACGCGUUGGUGAGAAAGGUCGACUUGGCUGUGGUGUUUGCAGAGGCAUCGUACCUGGCCUCACCGUUCAGGGUACAAGGGAAGGUGGACCAGCACGAGCAGCUGGUUUGAAAGCUGGUGAUGUAAUCAUUUGGUGCAACGGACAAAGACUGACAGAUUUACCUUUUGAAAGAGCAAUAGAAGUGAUGAGAGGAUCAGCUGUCCUGGAUUUGAUCGUUCAACGACCACCACCCAAUCACCUUUACGAUUGCCCUGAACCACUUUGGACUCAUGGUUCGAGUGGUUACGAUUCCGAAACAUCGAGUAUUGUAGCAACCAGUCCGUCACCUUCUUUGCAAAAUCCUUCAUCUUCUCCUCAACAUCAUCGGGAUCCAAGAAUGCAGGGACGGUAUCCAAGAGAUGAUACCUGUAAUCGGAAUGGCAGGAUUUGCUGUCCCCUCGCAUUGUCCACCAGCAGCUGCACCUCUUCCGAAUGGUCUCACGUGGAUCAGGCACAGGAAUGGAUACGAAAAGCGAAUAACACGACUGUCAUUCGUGUUAAUCAGAACCAGGGACUACUGAUGCAGAAUCAAAAUCACAGACAACAACAACAAGUACCACCAUCAUUUGGUCAUCGUCGUUUGAAUUCCCGUGGUAAUUACGAGGAGGAUGAUAUCGAUAAUGAACCACUCUACGAUCCUGUAGCACCAAGAAUCGACUACGAGGUACAUGAUUUCGAUGCAAAUCCAAGGGACGAGGCCAAUCGUCGUUUAGCUUAUCGACGUGACAACAUCAGACAACAGGAUGUCAUUUACGAUGGUCCUGCAGAUGAAUUACCACUUUUUCAUGGUUCCAAGGAAAACGAACAGCUCGACGUUAAUCGAUUGGCAGAAUUGCAAUUGGUUCAGAGACAGACCGAAACGGAUAGGAAAACUAUUACGAGUGUUGUUGAAGUUCAAUCCGUUUGUCCUCCGGCACCCCCGCCACCUCUUCCGUAUAAAUGGCCAGCAGAUGCUAAACCUAUGAACGCUAUGGGAAUGCAAAUGGGUAGCACGAUGUCUAUGGGUAGUACAGGAUCAACGGAAACCGAAUCAAGUCUUGAGUCUUCCUGCAGCAAGGAUUCUGCAUCAACUUCUUCAUCGUUGUCAACGUCAUCCUGCGAACCACCAUCAUCUUCAACCAUUUCUUUUGGUUCUACCACUGUCCCAUCAACUGUUUCAAACAAAACCAAUGAAAGUUCGUCUAUGGUUAUCAACCGUGGAUCGAAUUUACGAACUUCACCUAUUGCAAGCACUGACCUAAGCACUGCCAUAACUCAAGAAUUACAGAGGCGAGCUCAACAGAGAAGUUUGAACGCAGCCAAAGCUGAAGCUUCGAAAGAAAAAUCAAUGGUACCACCUAAAACAAUUAAUCCAGAAGCACUUAGGGCACAAGAACAGAAAGUCACGCACGACAAGUUAAUGGAAGAAUUCAAACGUGCGCAUCGAAAGAUGUUCAAUGCUGCCCAACAGAGGGUCCAAUUUUCUGAUCAAGUUACCGAACCGGAACAGGAUAAAAGGAUAUUACUCACGAAUGGUUCUUCCAACAAUUCCAAUUUGACGAAUUCAACAAUUAACGAAAACAAAACAAUACCAAAUGCAACGAAUAAUGGAACGAUUAACAAUACCAGUUAUAAUAAUAAUAAUAACAACACAACAUCGUCGAUUAUUCCACCAGCACCAGCACCACCAAUAUCAGCAGCACCACCACCAGCACCUCCAGCACCACCCCUUCCUCUUCCAACAAAAACUGGUGCAACUAAUAACGAGGAUUCAGUUGAAAUGCAAAGCAUAGAAUCGUUUAAAUUAAAAGAAUCACCAAAUCCAGUUAUACCUAAACCACCAUCAACAUAUUUCCCAUUAUCGAAUUCUUCAUCGCCAGCAGCAACAUCCAAUGGUGGUAGUCCUCGUCACGUUCCUAUGGGAAAUAAAACAACAACGACGAGUCAAAUAAUCAAAGAAAAGGAUCAUCAUCAAUUGGUUAAUCAAUCUACUAAUGAAACCAACAAAAAUUCAACUACAACUACUACUACAACUACUACUAAUAAUAAUAAUACUACUAAUAUUAGUAAUGCAAUCUCACCAAAUGGUAAUACUGGUGGUAUACCUAAACCACCUGUUGGAAAGGUCGCCAUUAGGAUAGGUGCUUACGAAGGUGAAGCUAAACAACCUGCCAAGCUCGAUUUCUUAGCUCAACAACCUCGAACGGAGAAGAAUGGAACCGAGGAAGCUAACGGACCGGUUGUAUCCAGGCUACAAAAUGAACUGGCUGCUACAUUGCAAAGAUCUAACUUGAGAAAGAAAACUGAAGGGG